AUGACCAACUUCAACCACGAGCGUAUCGGUAUCAUCAUCCAGUGCCUGCGCUUCUCUCGUGUGUGCUACGAGGAGUCCGUCAAGUACGCCAACAAGCGUCGUACGUUUGGCAAGAAGCUCUACGAGCAUCCCGUCAUUCGUCUCAAGCUUGCGCAUAUGGCCCGCCAGAUUGAGGCCUCGUACGCAUGGCUCGAGAACCUCAUCUUCCAGUGCCAAAAGAUGGGUGAGACCGAGGCCAUGCUCAAGCUUGGUGGUGCCAUCGCCGGCCUCAAGGCCCAGAGCACCGUCACUUUUGAGUUCUGUGCUCGUGAGGCGUCGCAGAUCUUUGGUGGUCUGUCGUACUCUCGCGGUGGCCAGGGCGGCAAGGUUGAGAGACUGUACCGCGACGUCCGCGCAUACGCCAUUCCCGGUGGUAGUGAGGAGAUUAUGCUCGACCUGAGCAUCCGGCAGAGCAUGCGUGUGCACAAGGCACUUGGCAUGAAGUUGUGA